AUGGCUUCCACAAACCCGACCCCAACCCCGAAUGCCAAACGUCGUCGCCUCAACGAUGCCGCAGCAACUCUCGCCAAACCCUUUAAAUCGCCUCUCCGCAGACCAGCACCAGCAUCCACCGGACCAAACGAUACUAUAUCCACCCCUCCUACCACCACAACCACAACCACAACAACCCCCCAAACAACCGACCCAGCACUACAGUCACAGCCACAAUCGACACCCAAAACCUCCUCCUCACAACCAACCCAAAAGCCAACCCCCACACCCCGAAAACUCACCCUCCCCACAACCACUCCCACCACCAAACCCCCACCUCCAACUCAAAUACCAGCACCAGACCCAGAAUACCACACCCUCCAAACAACCCACCGAACCCUACAAUCCCAACUCACAGCGCUCCGAAACGAGCUAGACACCAUCCAACAAGCACACCGGAUCGAGUCCUCGGGGAGAGAUGAUGAAUUGGGACGGUUGAUUGCGAAGUGGAGAGGUGUGGGGCAGAAGGUCGCGGAGGAGGUGCUUGUGGGUACUAAGGAGAGGGUGGAUAGGAUGGGUGGGGUAAAAGGGUUGAUGGGUAGGAGGAGUGGUUGGGGGGGGUAUGAAGGGGAGGGAAAGGGGAAGGGGCAGGGGGAUGAGGGUGAGGAAGAGGAAGAGGAAUUCACCAUGGAUGUGAUGCUUAAAAUGAUGGGGAUUGAUUUAAAGGUUAUUGGGUAUGAAAGGGAGGGAGGGGGGAGGUGGGUUUAG